GAGAGAGAGAGAGAGGGAGGAGUGAGUUAAGCAGGGAAGGGGAGUAAUCUCAGAGAAGUGUCCAGAAACUGACUUGUGGUGCCAAGGGACUCCAGGGUGAACAGGCAGCAGAACCGGGAGCCACAGAGGGAUCGGGCCUGAGCUGGCAGGACUGACACGUCAGCUAGUUCACCGCUAAGAGCAGCGGGAGCAGGGAGGCAGAGCAGGCGGCCAGACCAAGCGACGGAGACCAGCUGAAGUAUGGCCCCUAGGGCCGGUCACCUAGGAUGGGGCGCACCAUGACACCCCCGGCUAGCCGUGCCAUGGUGUCGCUGCUGCCCUGGGCCCCGGCUCCACACGGCCUGGAGCUGGACAUCGCUCUGCUUGGGGAGGAAGGCGGCGUGGCCCUGCAACGGUACCAACCUCGCUCGCCAGACAGCGGCCCCCGGAACUGGAGCUCCGUGCAGGACUGGGGUGAGGAGGUGGAGGAGGGGGCCAUUUACAGCGUGACUUUGAAGAGGGUCCAGAUCCAGCAGGCGGCCAACAAGGGAGCGAGGUGGCUGGGGGCGGAGGGGGACAGGUUGCCCCCUGGUCAUACGGUCAGCCAGCUGGAGACGUGUAAGAUCCGCAGCAUCCGGGCUGGAACCCUGGAGCGGCUGGUGGAGACGCUGCUCACGGCAUUCGGCGACAACGACCUCACCUACACCAGCAUCUUCCUGUCUACCUACCGCGCCUUUGCCACCACGGGGGACGUGCUACGACUGCUGGUCCAGAAGUUUGAGAGCAUGGAAGACGAUGAUGGUGAUAAUGACUGCAGGGAGGUAGUACGGAACGCCUUGGCCUCCACCCUGCGCGCCUGGCUGGAUCAGUGUCCGGAGGACUUCCAAGAGCCACCGGCUCACCCUAGCCUGCGACAACUGCUUGCCUUCCUGCAGAGGGCGCUACCGGGGUCUGAACCAUUGCGCCGGGCCCAGGGUCUGCUGGAACAGCUGGAGGCUGAAAGGGACCAGGAACCUGACUGUGAAAGUGGUUUCCUUGGAAACAGCCCAGAGGUGGAUGAGACGGUGGAGAUGGAGGACUUCCUGACGUUCGGUGCUCACCUGGUGGCUGAGCAGCUGACUUACAUGGACGCGGAACUGUUCAAGAAGGUGGUUCCUCACCACUGCCUGGGCUCCGUCUGGUCCAGGCGUGAUAAGCAGCAGGGCAAGCACAGGGUGGCCUCCAUCCGUGCCACCAUCACACAGUUCAAUGCCGUGGCCUCCUGCGUGGUCAGCACUGUGCUGUGCCAGCGGCAGCUCCGCCCCCAGCAGCGGGCACGCAUCGUCCAGCGCUGGAUUGACAUAGCCCAGGAGUGCCGCAUCCGCAAGAAUUUCUCCUCUCUGCAUGCCAUUGUCUCCGCCCUGCAGUGCAAUCCCCUGUACCGCCUGAAGAGGGUGUGGUCCUGUGUGCCCAAAGACAGCACGCAGAUCUUUGAGGAGCUGUCCGACAUCUUCUCAGACCACGACAACUACCUGACCAGCCGAGAGCUCUUAAUGCGGGAAGGCACCUCCAAGUUUGCCAGCCUGGACAGCUGUGUGAAGGAGCAUCAGAAACGUAGCCAGAAGCGACUGCAGCUGCAAAAGGACACAGGUGCCACACAAGGAACAAUCCCAUACCUCGGCACAUUCCUCACAGACCUGACCAUGCUGGACACUGCCCUUCCAGACCUGCUGGAGGGAGGCCUGAUAAACUUCGACAAGAGACGCAGGGAGUUCGAAGUCAUUGCACAGAUCAAGCUGCUCCAGUCAUCCUGCAACACCUACUGCCUGACCCCAGACUACGGCUUCUUGCGCUGGUUCCGUAAUCAGCCCCGGUACACGGAGGAGGAGAGCUACACACUGUCCUGUGAGAUCGAGGGACUCGGGGACAGCAGUCCGACAUCACCCAAACCCCGACAGAGCAUGGCGAAGAGGCUAAGUCUACUAUUCCUGGGCCCGGAGGCCAUGGGUGUGACCUCCCUGGGGAGAGACUGCCCUCGUGUCACUCCUGCUGGUAGCUCCGGGGAGAGCAUGGACUCUGUCAGCAUGUCGUCCAGCGACUCCAGCCCGUCUGACAGCGACGGGGUAUCGGUGACUCACACUUCCAGCCUGGCUUAUGAGACGUCUUCUUCCUGUUCUUCUCUCCACUGGGUGGAGCAGUCUUCAUCAGCAGCCACUGUUCCCAGCACACCUUGCUCUUCCUCACUGACCUGUCACUGCACCUUCACCAGCAUGGCAAACUUGCCCCCCCUGUACAACACACAAGCUCAGGAUGCCUGUAUCAUCCGGGUCAGCGUGGAACACAGCAAUGGAAACCUCUACAAGAGUAUCCUGUUGACUAGUCAGGACAAGACGCCUGCUGUCAUCUGCCGAGCCAUGACCAAGCACCACCUGGAGGGGGCAGCACCUGAAAGCUAUGAGUUGGUGCAAGUCAUCUCUGAGGAAAAAGAGCUGGUGAUACCGGACAACGGCAACGUCUUCUACGCCAUGAACACCUCCGCCAAUUUCGACUUCCUGCUCCGCCUGCGCGGAGCUGCCUGCAAGCCGGCCCGUCCGCACAGACGCUGCGGCGCUGCCUUGGCACAGGCGGAACUGCCCAGCAGCCUUCCGCAGAGGCAGAGCAAGGUCUCGUUGUGACCUCUGACCUCGAGAGUCAGGAAGGGGCCCAGGUGGCGGCGCACUCAAGGCUGAAGUAGGCAGAGAUGCCCGGGGACUGUCUGCGCAGACGUGUGCCAGCAAUGGGCCUGACUGCCUGGUUUUGCAGGGUGGUACAGCUAGAGGGGUUUUUUUUUUUCAGGGAAACAAAACAGGAAAGUUACUUCACUCUCAGUAUUUUCAUUCCUGCUGACGGCCAGUAUAUGGAGACAGUGAGGAUAACCCUCACGGUGUCAUCAAACUGUCACUGAAGACAGAGAAGACAGCACCCAUCGUUGUGAGGCGUGUGAUGAACCUUGCAUGUUUCGGUUCUGAUUGGCCCUGACCGUAUGCUCUCUCUGUUCUGAUUGGUAGGUUUUCCUUCACCAACCUAACAAAGUGAAAACUUGACUGACCGAAAACACAGCCCUGUUCUACUGAGUGUUAUUCAUCAGUAGUUGGGCCGACACAGAUAUGAAUCCAGGAAUGGAGUUUUCAAUUAAUACAGUGCAACAGAUCUUGCAGUGCAUUUCUGUACCUUUUGCAUGUACCGUUUUUCAACAAUAAGAUGGUAGAAAAAAAGAAUUCGGAAAAGGUAUAUGAAAGAACCGACCUGAGAGUGGGUUGUGUCUUUAAUUAGUGGUUGAAGGUGAAAAGGAAUUCCAAGCUCAUUGUAAAACAGCAGACUAGGAAAUACACGGCCACACCUUAUCAAUGGAAAAGACUACCCACCUUUUCCUACUGAACCUGCAAUGCUCUUUUCAAACGCUAUUAAGACUGAAGAGGUUGGUUCAGGACGGACUCGCAACCUGAGAAAUGGCUCUACCAACAACAGACAGUAGCCAAUCUGGCCUACUUAGCCUCUCCAACUAAACAAAGUCAUAAUGAACAAUUGGGGCUUACUUAAACCAAUACCAAGCAGUUCCUGUUAAGCCCAUAUGUCUUAAUGCUGAGAGAGAAGGCUACACUGGUUCAGUUAGCAUAAUAAUCAUAAGUCCCAAGCCACAGGACGGAAGUGCGAGUGUUGCCCAGGCAACAGAGUGAUUCCAAAUACAACACACACACAAGACAAACUGUUCACCAUUUUUAUUUUCAGAUUUAAAAAGCACUGGUAGUAUUCUUUUAAGCAAAAAAGGAAAACCGAUUAUUGUUCCAUACCACAAAAAAAUUAGCUAUAAAAAUGAUACUCAAACCACACAAACAUGUAAUAAAUUAAUCAGAAGAACAAAAACAUGCUUAUUUUUACAUGUUGCACAGGAAAAAAAUGGAAAAUUCAUUUUUUUUCUACUACAUCCAAGAGGGGAAAAAAUCCAGAGGAAUUUUCAGGUUUGAAAACAGAACCAGAUACCCCUCGUUUCCCAGAAGAUGAGAGAGAAAAAACCAAAGCAAAACCUAGACAAAAAUGAGGGUCCAAAGUAACCACUGGCAACAAUCACCGGAGGUCACCUGUGACCAUCUGAACAUUAAGACAAGAUGCCACAACAAAAUCAAUCUGGAGUCCUAUCGCAUAACAAUGGCAAACAGGCCACCGCCUUGAGCAUGGUGAUGAAACUGGAAAUGAGGUUGAACACUUGCUCUGAGGUGAGGUAUGAGAAGCUGAGAUCAUGAGUCCUGAACAUGGAACUAGGGCAGACGACAGCAGUCACCCCCAACUGCCCACUGCCAUGAUCUUAAACUGACAUUUACUACAGUCAUCUUAUUACUAGCCAAAAAAACUUAAAAAUAUACUAACAGUCCCAAUUGCACUAGUCAGACUAAAUAUUGUUUUAUCAAUAAAAAUACUUGUGCAUAAAAUUAUAACUGAAAUAUUAAUAUUUAUAGUAUAGCAUAACAGUGCAAUUUCAUUGAGGCUUUCUUGAGUUAAGCCAAACUAAGGGUCUGGGAUCCAAUUCUUUUCCCUGUUGAAGCACAUGAUAAAAAUUCAGUCUGGCCCUAGAGGAGUCAGAGGAGGAACUGAAAACCCAUUUAAUUAGCAGGAGGAAACAUCUCCUUUCUCACCCAAAAUGUUAUAUCUUGAUAUCUCCAAAUCAAAUGUCAAAUUAAUUUUGGGUAUGAUUAUGUAUUCCUUUUGAGAGUGAAAAUAUGAUUAAAUCAGUUUGUCCAAGUA